CCCUCACUCAUCAGCAUCAUCACCCUCGCUCGCUCACGUCGCGCAAACCACGCAAUUUUAAUUUUUUUUUCUUCGUUUUACCUUUUCCCCUCUCCCUAAGCUCCCGGCAGCUCGUACGGGAAUAUACAAAGAGGAAGAGCAAAAGGCAGUCGAUGGCUCGGUGAGGUUAAUCAGCCUAGCUUCGCUGCGAAGGAGCUGCUUCUCGUCUUGCUGAAAUCCCCGCGCCCGAUCCUACGAAACUGCCCUUCCCCUGCGAGCAAAAGGGCCCAGAGCUCAUAGGCUCUCUUUUGUUUCUUUCUCCCUGCGCAGAGAGAGGGCCUCGGGGUGUGAUCUAGCUGGCUGGCUCUCUCUACCCUGCGGGUGGGCGAACGCUAGGUUGAUAGACGGGACAAGGACAGGACAAGGACAAGAACAAGGGCAGGCAGGCGGACAAGCAUCAUGGCUCCGACCGCGGCUGCGGCUACGUCGCCCCCGCCGUCCAUAGCGCUCGCCGCCGCGCCAGCGCCUAGGAAGGACACGAAGCAGGCAAAGGGCGAGCCGGACGGAGCGGCGGCGCAGGGGCGGCCGGUGGCAGCGUCGUCGAAGCGCGACUACAAGGGCUUCGUGGCGGGCGUGUUCAGCGGUAUUGCCAAGCUGACAGGUAAGAUACAGACUCCCUUUCCCCCUUCCUUUACUGCAUCUCUUCAGUCAUUUGCUUGUUUCUUCGAGAAAGCGAGAAACCCGCGCGCGCUGGAAGUGGGAUGGGCCAAGGCACAUUCCAUAUUAUACCUCAUCGAAACCGAUUCAACGGGGCUGACAUCAAGGCGUGUGUUUGCUUCACGACGCGUACAGUCGGCCAUCCCUUCGACACGGUCAAGGUGCGCCUGCAGACGACGGACGCGGGCCGCUUCUCGGGCCCGCUGCAGUGCGUGGCGCAGACGGUGCGCAACGAGGGCGUGCGCGGGCUGUACAAGGGCGCCACGCCGCCGCUCGUCGGGUGGAUGUUCAUGGACUCGGUCAUGCUCGGCUCCCUGGCCGUGUACCGCCGCCUCAUGGCGCAGCACGUCUUUGGCGCCGCGUCGUGGGCCCCCGGCGCGGGCGACGGCUCCGGGUUCGGGUUCAGGGCGCUGCUGGGAAUAUGGCCGCCCUACGCAUCGUCGUCGUCGUCGUCGUCGUCGUCGUAUCUGCCCCCGCUGGGCCACGGCCUCGCGGGCAUCCUCGCCGGCUCGACCGUCAGCUUCAUCGCCGCGCCCGUUGAGCACGUCAAGGCGCGGCUUCAGAUCCAAUACGCGGCGCGCAAGUCGGAGCGCCUGUACUCGGGCCCGCUCGAUUGCGUGGCCAAGAUCUACCGGCACCACGGCGUGCGCGGGCUGUACCACGGCCUGACGGCGACGCUGCUCUUCCGAGGCUUCUUCUUCUUCUGGUGGAGCAGCUACGACGUGCUGUCGCGCGCCCUGCGCCGCCACACGUCGCUGUCGGCGCCCGCCAUCAACUUCUGGGCCGGCGGGCUCAGCGCCCAGGUCUUCUGGCUGACGAGCUACCCGAGCGACCUGGUCAAGCAGCGCAUCAUGACGGACCCGCUCGGCGGCGGGCUCGGCGACGGAGCGAGGAGGUUCCCCCGCUGGAGGGACGCGGCCGUCGCCGUGUGGAGGGAGGGCGGCUGGAGGGCCUACUGGAGGGGGUUCUUGCCGUGCUUCCUGAGGGCGUUUCCGGCCAACGCCAUGGCGCUGGUCGCGUUUGAGGGCGUCAUGAGGACACUGCCUUAAGAGG